AUGAGAUUGCAGAGUUUUCUUCCCCAGUUGCUUCCCUUGUUUCUCCUCGCAGAGGCAGCUCUUGCGCAGAAUACUCUCCAGCAGACCUGUACAGGCUUGAAGAACCUGUCAAAAUGCAAGUACGAGUUUUCUGUGCCUUAUGGUGUCAACGUUACCCUCAAGACAGUCCCCGAUAGAAAGUAUGACGAAUGCAAGACCAAGGAGAAAUACAAGAAACCUUGUCCUACUCCGAAAAAGCCGAAGCUUAUGUGUGAUGCAUUGAGAUGUGUUCCAGGAUGGGUCGAUACCACCAAGCAAGUCAUUACAGGCUUGGAAGUCCUCACCAAAAAGAUCAACCUUUGCGAUACUGUGCGCAAGCUUUUAGGUCAGCCCCAGGGAGAUAACUUCAUCGAGUCCUCCGAUGCGAUCUGCCAAUGCUUACCCCGUAUUGGCGAAUUGAGUGCAACAUCAGGCUUCAAGUCGUUCGAGCAGGGAGUUUUAUCGGCCGCGGAUUCAAAGGAUGUCGACCAAGUCGUCAAAGCCCAAAAAUGUAUGAAUAGUGCGGGAUUCCCGACAGCUGAUGACCGGGAUAAAGUCAGAAAGACCCUCCAGUCCAAGGCAAAGCGCAAAGUGCUUAUCAUCGAGGGGCCCGAGAUCAACGAAGACAAUUAUUCUAAGCUUAUGACUAUCGUCAAGUCCUGUAAGCCAGGCUCAUUUUGUACCGGCCUGCAAAUUCAAGAGACCAUCUCAAAGCUUUUAACUCCAUAUAUGGCGGAGAUUGCCCGUCAGUUCCGACAGGGCCUCUUCGUUCCCUGGGUUCCCCUUCUCGAAAACCUACUGUCCAUUUCCAAUGACUUCAAUACGGCGGCUCAGAAUAUUGGGUCGCCUUUCCUCGGCUUCAAGUCGAGAUAUGAUUAUGCCACGCAAACCUCUUGUGUUGAGCUCGGUAGCUGUGAUGGACCUGCUGUGUCAUCUUUUUUCAAGCAAGUCGGCGAUAUAGUCAAUAACAUCCAGCUUAUUUAUAAAAUGCGAGUCCCGGAUACAGCGAGCAACCUCCUCACAACAUACAUACAAGAGGCAAAGGAUGCCAACACAGCCGCUGAAGAACUCCCAGAGGAAUCUGCAAGUGCUGAUCUGUUCCGAGGAGGCGAAAUUCAGACUGUUCAAGAUCUUUUCAAGUUCGUUCCCAUCGUCGACCGUACAUUCCUCCUACAAAGGAAAAUAGGGUCGAUAGUUGACUUUUAUGCUGGCUACUCUGCCGAAAAUCGGGAUAUAGUUUCCUCAACAUUCAACUCCUUGGCAAAUGUCAGCAGCUCAAGUUCCGCCGGUAUCAACACAGAACUCAACGUCAAGGAACGUCCCGCAAACGACGACCUGCUGCAGCAGAUAAUCAUGAUGAAGACUGUCCUGAAGAGAGAUCUUUACGACCCUCUUUUGGCGAUGAAGCAAGCUUUUAAGCGGUAUGAUGACCAGAUUGCCAAGUCUUCGUUUGGUCCUGGCAAGGCUGGCGUUGUCAUGGAGCCGAGUGCCAUUGGGUACCAGCGAUGGACCAAGAUUCCGAAUAUGGCUAUGCCGUGCUCGAAACAGGUCACCAAGACGUUUAAUAAGUCGGGGUUCAGCAAGACGUUUUCGUUCACGGAAUAUUACAAGUGCACGGUUGACGGCGCAACGGCAUAUUACCCCAAGCUUCAGAUUCCUUACAUUCGGUUGACGUUCUAG